CUCCAGUCGGCUGUUCCCGGCCACUCUUUGCAAUAUGCAUGUUCAUCGGACGUUUCGCGCAUCAUUGCCGAUCGCUUUCAGAAGUGCGGUCCCGAUUCUACAAAAGCCAAGCAAGCUGGAUGCACACUGUGAGAAAUACAGCUAUAUAUAAAGCAAACUCAUUUUAACACGGAGCCCUGACUGGAACGGGCGCUACGGUAAUAAAGGGUUCAAUAGCGGGACAACUAUGCAUCUCCUGAUGUGGAAACUGCGUCUUCUUGCAUUACUACCUUACGUCUUAAAUACAGUGGCAAUAACGGGGAGACCGCAGUUAAGUCCGAGAAAAGCAAAGCGUCUCGAACAGUUGGCUGCGUAUGAGAUUGUAACUCCAGUGCGAGUAAAUGAAGCCGGAGACAAGUUACCACCUAACGUGCACUAUAAAAGGAAGAAAAGAAGCCUUGACACCGCGGACGGCGUCUCCAGUCACUGGGCUUCUUCAGUCCAUUACAGACUCUCCGCUUUCGGGCAGGAUUUUCACCUAAACCUCACCUCGGACUCUACAUUCAUCGCUCCUCUUUACACCGUUUCCAUAAUCGGAAUAUCCAGCAGAGAUAACUUGACAGACUCGCCAUCAGAUGAAGAGGAGGAUACGGACCUUCAGCACUGUUUUUACAAAGGGCAUGUCAAUGCAAAGAAGGAGCAUCCGGCGGUCAUCAGUCUUUGCUCCGGACUGCUCGGGACGUUCAUGUCCCCAGAAGGAGAGUACUUUGUGGAGCCCCUUCACAGCUACAACGGUGAACAUUAUGAAGAAGAGCAUAACAAACCUCAUCUGGUGUAUAGAAAGGACGCCUUGCAUGCAGCCUGGCCCAGGAACGCGACUGAGUGUGACACUUCAGGACAUAAACACAUGCACAGGAAACAUAAAAGGAGCCAGAGGAAUCCGCCUUCCGGCGACAUGCUGGCUGCUCUGGACAGCUUGAGUGAAAGCUUUUCUCCUGAUGCUUUAUCCGUGAGGGAAAAUAAGCAAAGGGCUAAUGACAGCGGCGCCUCGGGACCUCACAGGAGAUCAAAGCGCUUCCUCUCCUAUCGCCACUUCGUGGAAGUCAUGUUGGUUGCCGACAGCAAAAUGCUGGCGUACCAUGGCAGCAAUCUGCAACAUUACAUCCUGACGCUGAUGUCCAUUGUUGCUUCUAUAUAUAAAGAUCCAAGCCUUGGAAACCUAAUAAAUAUUGUCAUUGUGAAGUUGGUUAUACUCAGUAAGGAAUCGGAUAAUCCAAAAAUCAGCUUUGAUGCACAGGACACUUUAAGGAACUUUUGCGUUUGGCAGCAAAAGGAGAACCACCCGGAUGAUAACCACUACUCCCAUCACGAUACCGCUAUUCUCAUCACCAGGCAGGACAUCUGUAGGGCACGGGACAAAUGUGAUACAUUAGGCCUGGCAGAGCUUGGCACAGUAUGUGAUCCAUACCGGAGCUGCAGUCUCAGUGAGGAUAAUGGACUCAGCACAGCCUUCACCAUCGCCCACGAGCUGGGACACGUGUUCAACAUGCCUCACGAUGACAGUAACAAAUGCAAAGAGGAACAUGUGAAGAGCCAGCAGCAUGUGAUGGCCCCCAUGUUGAACUAUGACACCAACCACUGGACUUGGUCCAAGUGUAGCAGGAAAUACAUCACUGACUUCCUUGACACAGGCUAUGGCGAAUGCUUACUCGAUGAGCCGAUAUCUAGACCAUACGUUCUGCCUCAGCAGCUUGCCGGACAGACAUACAGUGUUAAUAAACAAUGUGAAUUGAUAUUUGGGCCCGGAAUGCAGGUGUGCCCAUAUAUGGUGCAGUGUAGGAGGCUGUGGUGCACCAGGCCAGAAGAAGCUCAGCGCGGCUGCCGGACCCAACAUAUGCCAUGGGCAGAUGGGACCGAGUGUACGUCGGGCAAGCACUGCAGACAUGGCGCAUGCGUCCCCAGGGAGCAGGAGACCCCCCCUGUAGACGGCGCCUGGGGUGUCUGGAGCCCCUUCGGGAUCUGCUCGCGCACGUGCGGUGGGGGCAUCAAGAUCGCCGUGCGCGAGUGUAACCGGCCCAUCCCCAGGAACGGUGGUGACUACUGUGUAGGGCGGCGUAUGAAGUUCCGCUCCUGUAACUCUGAGCCAUGCUUCAAGCAGAAGAAGGACUUCAGGGAAGAGCAAUGUAGCGCUUUCGAUGGCAGGCACUUCAACAUCAAUGGUCUCCCCUCAGACGUCCGCUGGGUCCCCAAGUACAAAGGAAUCGUCAUGAAGGACCGCUGCAAGCUCUUCUGCAGGGUGGCUGGGAGCACUGCAUACUACCAACUCAGGGACAGGGUCAUCGAUGGGACCCCAUGUAGUCCAGACACCAAUGACAUCUGCGUUCAGGGCCUUUGCCGGCAAGCAGGAUGUGACCACAUUCUGAACUCCAAGGCCAGAGAGGACAUGUGCGGCGUUUGUGGGGGGGACAAUUCCUCGUGUAAGCCAGUGACCGGGACGUUCAACACCAUCCAAUACGGAUAUAACGUCGUCGUCCGGAUUCCCAGUGGUGCUACAAACAUCGACAUACGGCAGCGUAGCUACUCAGAGCAGCCGGAAGACGAUAACUACCUUGCCAUUUCCAACAGUCGAGGGGAGUUCCUGUUGAACGGAGACUUCGUCGUCAGCAUGUUUAAAAGGGAAAUAAAUGUGGGGGGUGUCGUUUUGGAGUACAGUGGCUCGGAUCAUGUGGUUGAGAGGAUCAACUGCACCGACAGGACUGAGGAGGAGAUCGUUGUCCAGGUGCUCUCUGUGGGCAAGCUGCACAACCCUGACAUCAGGUACAGCUACAACGUCCCCGUCGAGGACAGGUUCUCCUGGGAUGCCUACGGCCCGUGGCUGGAGUGCAGCCAGCUCUGCCAAGGGAACCGGCAGAGGAGGAUCGUGUGCAGUCGGGAGUCGGACCGCGUGGAGGUGUCGGACCAGCGGUGUUAUGGGUCGCCUCUGCCUGCCACCAUCACAGAGCCCUGCAACACAGAGUGUGAGCUCAGGUGGCACGUGGCACGGAAGGGGGAGUGCUCAGCGCAGUGCGGCCCAGGAUACCGCACCCUGGAGAUCUACUGCGCCAAGCGCAGUGACGGGGAGACCGAGAAGGUGGAGGAGCGCUACUGUAGAAACCAGCACAAGCCGCGGGACAAGGAGCACUGCAUGGGCAACUGCACCCCCGUGGUCUGGGAGUACUCCCCGUGGACAGAGUGCUCCAAGACCUGUGGGGGAGGGACACGGCGCCGAGUGGCAGUGUGCGGAAAAUCCACCGGUGUCCUUCACGAUGAGAGCAAGUGCAGCCAGCAGGACAAACUAACUGUUGAGCCUUGCAACGACUUCCUCUGCCCUCAGUGGAAGAUGGGAGAGUGGUCUGAGUGCCUGGUGACCUGCGGAAAAGGCUCUAAGCACCGACAGACGUGGUGCCAAUUUGGGGAAGAACAUCUGGAUGACCAGUUCUGUGACGAUUCCAAGCCGGAGUCGGUCCAGGCCUGUCAGCAGCAGGAAUGUGCUUCCUGGCAGGUUGGACCCUGGGGACAGUGCAGCGCCACGUGUGGCCCGGGCUACCAGCAGAGGGUGGUGAAGUGUGUGGUGGGAUCGUACGGGUCUGUCAUGGACGACAUGGAUUGUAACGCAGCGACGAGACCCACUGGCACUCAGGACUGUGAACUGCAGCAAUGUCCCAAAAAGCCACCCACCUUCCAAGAGCCAAAACUGCCCCCUGAACCCACUCACAAAACCCAGUGGAGAUUUGGGUCAUGGACACAGUGCAGCGCUACCUGCGGUAAAGGGUCGAGGAUGCGCUAUGUGAGUUGCCGGGACAAUCAGGGGGGCGUGGCCGAGGAAUCAGCAUGUUCCCACCUGCCCAAGCCACCGGCCCAAGAAGUGUGCUCAGUGGUAGCCUGUGGUCAGUGGAAGGUCUUGGAAUGGACAUCGUGCUCCGUGUCAUGUGGCCAUGGCAAGGCCACUCGGCAGGUGGUGUGUGUGAACUUCAGUGAGCAGGCUGUGGACGCCAGCGAGUGUGAUCCCGACGAUCGGCCUGUGAUGGAGCAGGAGUGCAGCAUGCCCCACUGCCCCACGCGUCCCGACCCUCUGCCCAAAAAUCUCCCACUUCACCCCAGUGGCCGAAACCAGUGGAGGACAGGACCGUGGGGAGCGUGCUCCAGCACUUGCGGCGGCGGCUUCCAGAGGCGUGUCGUUGUGUGCCAAGAUGAGAACGGCAGCCCCGCCGGUGGCUGCGAGGAGCAAACCAGACCCGAGGAGCUGAGAUCAUGCCAGUCCGAGCCCUGUCCGCAGUGGGUGUACGGCAGCUGGGGCGAGUGCACAAAGACCUGCGGUGGUGGGAUGAAGACACGGCAGGUGGUCUGUCAGUUGCCCACUGGGGGGCUCUUUAACGACCUGAGCUGCGACAUCCUAGACAAGCCCCCUGACCGCGAGCAGUGCAAUACGGAGCCCUGCACUUCGAACCCCCACUGGAACGCUGGCCCCUGGAGCUCGUGCUCCGCAGCCUGUGGGAAAGGAUACAGGCACCGCAAAGUGACCUGCGUGUCCCGAUCCGGGAGGCCUGUUCCCGAGGAGAGCUGCCAGAACCUGCCCCCCCCCAAAAGGCAACGCCGUUGCCAGGGGGGUCGAUGCCCCAAGUGGAAGACUGGCAGCUGGGGAGAGUGUUCCUCCUCGUGCGGCAGGGGGAUGCAGACGCGGGACGUCUUCUGCGACAUCGCGGAGGAGGGCAGCGCCGAGCACUCAGAGUGCCCACCGUCCGCCCAGCCGCCGUCCAGCCGGACCUGCCAGGUCGCCGAGUGCCCGGAGACCUACCGCUGGACGGAGGGAGACUGGACAGAGUGCAGCCAGAGCUGUGGGUCAGGCCGCAGACUGCGGGAGGUGAUGUGUCUGAAUCGGAACGGGGAGCAGGUGCACGAUGCGUUCUGCGCAGAGCUAACAAAGCCGGCCGACGCGGAGAGCUGCAAUCCCCAGCCGUGUGACUUCCUGUGGAUCACCGGGGAAUGGUCAGAGUGCUCGGCAACCUGCGGACACGGCUACCGGAGGAGACUGGUGUCUUGCAGCGAAGUGCAUUCUGGGAAGGAUCAUUAUGAAUACGGGUACCAGUCGUCAUUCAGCUGCCCUGGGACGCCGCCGGACAGCGUGGUGGUGUGCAGCCUGCCUCCCUGCUCUCGUCCGCAAGCCUGGAGGGCCGGGAUCUGGGGACCGUGUUCUGUGACCUGUGGCGAGGGGGUCAGUGAGCGGACCGUGCAGUGCAUGACCUCCGAUGGCGAGGACAGCGAAGGCUGCCCCCCCCAGGACAAACCCGAGGGACGCCGGAGGUGCAGCAGCCCUCCCUGCCAUUUAGCAGCCAGCUGCAGUGAGGUCCAGCGGCUGACUGGCGUCCUGCAUGACGGGGAGCAGCUGCUCAGCAUCGAGGGGAAGGCGCUGACGAUCUACUGUGCAGGCAUGCACUCAGGCAGCCCCAAGGAGUACAUAACGCUGAGGGAGGGCAGCACAGAGAACUUCUCAGAGGUCUUCGGGUUCAGGCUCAGCAAUCCCAUGGAGUGCCCCUACAAUGGCACGCGGCGAGAGGACUGCAACUGCCGAAAGGACUACAUCGCGGCUGGCUUGUCAGCCUUCAGCAAAGUCCGGCUAGACCUCGGCAAGAUGCAGAUCAUCACCACCGACUGGCAGUUUGCCCUGACGCAAGAAGGUCACCAGGUACCCUUCGCUACAGCUGGUGACUGUUACAGCGCCGCCCAAUGUCCGCAGGGGCGGUUCAGCAUCAACCUCGCGGGGACCGGUUUUCUCGUGGCUGAGGACACGAAAUGGAUCGCCCAAGGAAACUAUGCGGCGGCGAACAUACAAAAAUCACAGGAUGGCAGCAAAGUGACGGGAAUGUGUGGAGGCUACUGUGGGAAGUGUACCCUGUUCAAUGGCUCUGGCUUGCAUGUCAAAGUGAAGUGAUUCUGGAGGAGACAACAGAUGUUACCGUGUUUUACCAGACCUACGGUGCUACAAUUCAAAGCCUUAUCUCUCCAAAUGACCUCUAUACCCUGUGACAUGUAAAUAUGUAAACUAGGUAUUGUACAAACUGUACAUAACAAUUUCUGACAUUUUUAUGAAUUAUUUAUGAUACUCACAUUUAUUUUUAUAUGGGUAAUUAUUUAAAUUUUUUAAAUGGGUGGCGGGCUGUCGCAUCAGCUUCCACGAAACAAAUCGAAUGCAACAAUUUUGAGUUUCGUUAUAGUCUAAGCCCGGAAUUCCAGGUUGGAAUAAACGAUCCCCGACACGGACUAACAUAACGAAUCGUUGCGGAUUUCACUCGUGAGACUCGCUGUGAGUGACGUGGCGAUUGGGGUGGCAGAGAGGAUUGGCCAGUGCGCUGCUGCGUUGACGUGACUUGGAGACACGCAGGCUGCCGACAGGCGACAGGACGGCCGGACACCGUCAGCCCCGCCAGCCGCUGGGAUGUAGGCGUGAUCCGGCAGUCUGAAACACGGGUUCGAAACAGAGGGAGAGAAUCGGAAGGCCGAGCACAGGCAGUGGAGACCAGCGCUGGAGAAGCCAUGACCUUGGACUAUGCCUUUGGACAUUUAAAAAAAAGUUUAACUGUUUAAAUUCAUCCAUCAACACAUCUAUCCAUCGUCCAGGUCAUGGUCGUGCAUGGCACUUACUGAGGUUGUGGUUUGAUGUUGCUAGCGAGCCGUUUGCUCGCCGCCCACACACCUUAAACAGCCUGCUGUCCUCGUUCACACCACAUGUGUGACAGCAGACCGAUUGUGCUGCUUUGAGGAGUGAUAUGCGGUAAAAGCCCACCUACUAACGCAGCGGACCCUGCUCAACUUUUAUUAGCCUGGAACCAAAGGCAAUCCAGCCCCCCCUCCCAGAGCAACUCAUGGCAUUCUUCUGGCUGUUAAUCUGAUGAUCUGAUAGUUAGAUCUGAUGUGUUAGUGCCAGGAUACAGUUAAACAAAAUUGCAAGGUAAUGUAUAUGUAAGUCACUUUACAUUUUGGUUAACAUUUACCUGAUGCUUUUAUCUAAAGUGACUUACACUGGGGGGGAGGGGAGUGUUACAGUUAAUGUGCAUUUCUUGUGAUUGACGUCCACAAGCUUUGCACGGCCAGCCACAUAAUCUGCUUGUUGAGCUACAGGAACUGCUGACUCUUCUUUAGACAGCUGUGAGUAGUUUGGCACCCAGGUAACCUUUAUCGAUCUGUGCAAAACCGAGGCGCAUGAAACGAGGCAGAGGGCCCAGUCAGGCAUCAGCCGGCACGGGCCUGUUGGAUGCUGAAUUAUUUUCGCUGGUUAUCAUUUCUGAGUGGUGAGAGACGGACACUUAGUGAUAUUUUAAUUAACUACAGGGCUGCUGAACGUGGGCUUCUUUCACCAGCUAUGAUUUUCCAGUGAUGAAAGCAAUAUAGUUAUGGGCAGAAAUGGUGCGUCACAGUACCACUACAAGCUCACGUCCAUCCACCAUACUAAGGUGCACACUGUUCUUUUUGCAUCACAGUACCAGUUGACCAGUUAACUGAUUUUUCAUUGUAAUGUUUCAUACGAUGACAAGUUCAGUUUGGUUAUUAAUUCACUGUUUUUUGUUAAAGGAAAAACAAUCAGGGUACUUUUUUUCAUUCUGUGAAUUCUUUUUUAUGUUUUGAAAGGCAAAUGUUUCUGAGAGGCAGCGAUAAUUGGCUCAGAUUUAAUAAGCCACACGUACAGCAGUUGGCUGCUUUUGUCCAUAUCACUCAUUAGCUGUGAGGGUAGCUGACCUUCGCUGGGGAGUCGAGAUACGUUUCAUGUAUUGGGAGAGAUUUUCAUGGAGACGUUUAUAGGGUUACAAGUUACCAAGGACUGAGAAAUGGAUAGGCCACACAACCAGGAGACUUCCUCACACGACCAGGCGACUUCCUCAUAAGAACAAGCGACUUCCUCACAAGAACAAGCGACUUCUUCACAAGAACAAGCGACUUCCUCACACGACCAGCCGACUUCCUCACAAGAACAAGCGACUUCCUCACACGACCAGGCGACUUCCUCACACGACCAGGCGACUUCCUCACACUAUCAGGCGACUUCCUCACACGACCAGGCGACUUCCUCACACUAUCAGGCGACUUCCUCACACGACUAGAUGACUUCCUCUUGUCUUAUUUAAGUACAGUCCAGCUAAACACACUACUGCUUGAGCAGAUACGUGAUGGGUGCUUUUGUUUGCCUUUCAUAUAUAAAAAAAAAUCAUCCUUAAAAUUGCUGUGAGAUCAGCUAUUUAAAUGUGAACUGCUUUGUUUGACACUUUGCAAUAACUUGUGUCCUGUUCUGUUCAUAUUUCUCAUUUUUUCAAUGCAUUUUCUCAGGUGUGGUAAUGAUUUGUGUUACAGCUGCAUACCAUGUUUUCCAUACUUACAUGCAGCAAUUUACAAUUGACAUCGUUUUGAUAUCUGCGAUAUUUUCACCGAGUAAUAGGAAUUUGCUUUUUUGUGGUUUCUUCUCUUUUGUAUUUUACCCUGAAUGAGAUGUUUCAGUUCACAAUAACAUGUGAUACACAUCUGUAAUAUACAUUAAUAUUUAUUACUCUCACUGGCUGUAAAUAGACUGUUUACCGCAGACGGGCUGUUGCCAGUAAUAAUGUGAGCACUUUGUGUCAUUCAUUUACUGCAUGCCUCAAACAUGUAUAACAGGGAAUAGUAAGAAUGUGCAAAGUGAUCAUUUUUGAAAGAGUCCAUCCAUAAAAUGCCUCCAUAUCACUCAAUCCACAUACAAAUAUUUAUGUGUAUAAAUUCUGUUGACGUUUUACAUCACAUUAACGAAUAAGGGAACCACACAAGGAAAUAAAGUGACUUCAACGCUG